AUGAGCGCACUGGUACGGCACUCACCGUUGAUAGGGUUGGGGUUCCUUCAAAGCACCGUUUACCCUAAAAAGGUCACGUGUUAUUUUUCGACUUGCAUGUGGAAAUGUCAUUCGAGCAUUGGAAAAGUUAUUGGUAUAAGAACGACGUCGAUGAGGACAACGGUACCAACGAGAAGGAUCUGUUCAAGCGGUAGAUUGUUGUUACAGUUUGGUUCUCGAGCAAGACAGAAGCAGGAAGAUCUAGACUACCAGCAAGCAAUACUACGUAGAAACAUGGCACAACAUCCUAAGGUUAUUUGUCUUGGUAAUCCAUUAUUGGAUAUCCAAGUUGACGUUACAGAGUCCUAUUUGGCAAAGUACGGUUUGAAGAGCAACGACGCAAUCUUGGUAGAAGCUGGUUCUGGUGAUGCUAAGUUGAACAUUUUCGAUGAGAUCGUCGAGAUGGAAGAUGUCAAGUUUGUUGCUGGUGGUGCUGCUCAAAACACCGCUAGAGGUAUCGCAUAUGUAUUGGGUAAAGAUCAAGUUGGUUACUUCGGUUCUGUUGGUGAGGACAAGUUCUCUGCCAGACUAUUGAAGGAAAACGAUGCUGCUGGUGUCAUCUCUUUGUACCAAGUGCAAAAGGAUAUCAGCACUGGUAAGUGUGCAGCAUUGAUCACUGGUCAUGAUAGAUCUUUGGUCACCGACUUGGCUGCUGCCAACCAUUUCACUCCAGAUCAUUUGGACAAGCACUGGGAUUUGGUUGAAUCUGCUUCUUUGUUCUACAUUGGUGGGUUCCACUUGACCGUGUCUCCAGAAGCUAUUGUCAAGUUGGGUAAGCACGCUCAAGAAAACAACAAACCUUUCAUCUUGAACCUGUCUGCUCCAUUCAUUCCAGCCUUCUUCAAAUCUGCUUUGGAACAAGUCUUGCCAUACACUACUUACGUUAUUGCCAACGAAUCUGAAGCUGCCGCUUACGCUGAAUCUUUCGGUGUCGAAGCUGACAAAGAAGACUUAGCAGCAAUCGCUAAGCAUAUUGUCGGUGAUUCCAAGACAAGAACCGUUAUCUUCACUCACGGUUUGGAACCUACUGUUUCUGUUUCUGCUGAAGGUACCAACACCUACGAUGUUGUCCCAUUGGACCCUUCCAAGAUUGUUGACACUAACGGUGCUGGUGACGCCUUCGCUGGUGGUUUCGUCGCUGGUUUGGCUCAAGGUAAGUCUUUGGAAACUGCCAUUGCUCAAGGUCAAUGGUUAGCUGCGCUAUCUAUUCAGGAAGUUGGUCCAUCUUACCCAGCUGAAAAGAAGCAAUUCCAGGCCUAA